AUGGCAGAAGGUACAGGCAAUUGUUCCAAUGGUUCCAAAGGUUCUUUGAAGAUCUUUGGGGGGGAUUCGAUGGAAAGAUCUCUUUAUGAGAAGAGACAAAAAGAGGGCGGGUUGGGUUUCAUUGCAUUGUCUUUCAGAUUUGGGGAUUCAUUUGAGAAAAGCUUCCCAGCAGUUUUACACCACUGGUUGUCAGGGCGAAAGUAUCUCCAACCCUCUUUGUUUGUCUCCACUGCUGCUCCGUUCCUCUUCUGCGUCUUUGUUAAACCGUAUGCGGGAAAGUGUUGUUGUGUAGAGUGGAGAAGGGUUGGAGGUGGACAGGGCAGGGCAGGGGGAUUUGGUAGAGGAUGCCACGGUAAACCUGGAUUAAAAUAUACCCGGGAAAGGGAUGGGCUCUUAUUCCGAACAGCAGUUUACAGGUAGAUCAUUCAUCAGUGUUUAGAUUAGGAACAUUCUCCGAAAGCAACAACACACUUAUGCCUGAGAAUGUUGUUGUAAUUAUUUGUUCUUCGAUUUGAGACCUACUAUCUAUUUUUAUGGAAGAAUGGUUUUCAGUGCUUGCGUUGAAGUUUUGGGAUAAAUUAUGACUAUAGGUGAUACAUUUUGCUUAAUACUUUUAAUUGGUAACUGAAUAUUGAAGUUAAAUAUUUUCUAUAUUUUUUUCUCAAAAUAUUCAAAGAUAUUGUGUUCUCGUGGCUCGAAAAGGCUAACAUUUAUUUAGGCUACAUUAUCAGAGUCAAUCCCUUACGUGCUUGGGAAUUAUUUAGGCCUGUAUGGUGUAAAUUAUGGAUCAAUUGAAAAAGUGUAUAUUUAUUCAAUUGAUUAAUUUUGACGAGAUUAUUUCGAUUAACCUAUAUUUAUUACGCAUAUUAUUAUUUAUAAUAAUGCAUCAUUAUUAUCGUCUUGUUAUGUAUAAUAAGUAUCAGGUUCAUUAUUAUUAUCACCAUUAGCGUAUAUGUUUCCAUUUCAAAACUACUUGAAAAAGAGGCCGUCUGAUAUUCCAGCUUUUCGAAAUCAUUUUUAAAAUAUCGUCUGGAUAAUAUAUCGACAUUGUUUCGAAUAUCAACAGUGUUUAUACACACGUGUUCCUAGCUUGCUGCGCGGCUCUCUAGCUCUUUCCCAUUACGCAACCCAUUAAAUGCCUUCUUCAAGUCCAACCAAAGAACUGAUUCUGAAAAACAUCCGAGUAAGAGCCUGCCCAACUCGUUUUCCUGCCAGGAUUGUUGACAAGUUAUGCCAUAUUUCAAACAUCUAUAUUUUCUAAACUGACUGAGUGACAUUAUUUUCUCUCAAAAGGGGGCUGUGCAAAGACGGAAGAGGAGGAAGCCACUGGCUCCGAGGAGGAUCUGGGUUCGUCUCGUGGCAGUGGCUUGUGUAAAUGGUUCAACGUCCGGAUGGGUUUCGGGUUCCUGUCCAUGACCAACAGAGAUGGGACACCGCUCGAGGAGACUGUCGAUGUAUUCGUUCAUCAGGUGAGGUCUAUUGUGCGUCUGGGACUCGAAUAAUGUGGUGUUGAUGUUCAUUGAGGCCUGGCUCGAGCUCGAACCCCUUGGCGCGUUUUUGUGCAAGUGAAUGUCAUAAACUUAUCAACAAUGUAAAUAUCCCACUUUUGUGAUGUUUUCGUUAAGGAAGGUCAUUAUUCGUUUCCCUCCGUGAUUUAGCAUUUUCAUUUGAAUUCAUGAUUAGAGAUUGAUCGAUCAUGCAAAUAUAUAGGCCUAUCGAUCAUUCUUUAUAGUGCUUGAAAAAUCACUUUCCUGCACUCAUUCAAAACGAAUUAAUAGCUUAUAUGUUUUCAUAGCUUAUAUGUUGAGCAAGAGGCAAUAGGACUUUUAAUUUCUUUAAACAUUUGACAACAUUAUCUUGAAAUAGUCAGCUGAUUCUAGUUUGAGCCUUUACUAAAAUGGGUAGGCCUUUUUUUCAAGUAGCUUAAAAAACAAAAGCAAGAUUUUGUUGAUCCUAUGUUCAGAUGAUAUACCAUAACUGGAAUCCGAGACCUGCAUGAUGGCAACUGAAAUCAGUUGUGAAAUAAGAAACUGAAUGUUGUUGUCAAGAAGCGACAUAAUAUGAAAUAACCUCUCUAAAGUAAGAUGUAAGCCAGCCAAAAACAAAAGUGUUUGGUUUAAUCGAUCAGUUGUUGAAUCUGAUUAGGUUUCAAGCAGGGUUAUGGUAGCCUUUAGGGAAAUUGAUUCUCAUAUUGCCCUAAAACUAGCUAAUGAAUGAAACACUUACAGACAAAAAAUAGUACUUUUUCAUAAGACUAGAUUGUUUGUAUUUGGUGUUUUAAUAAACCUACCAGAAAAUGAAAGGUCUUGAAUGAGAAUAUUGAUUUUGAAAUAACAAAGAUUGGGUUCAGAUACAUGAAUGACAGUAAAUCCUGGGGGAAUAAAUGUUAUCUAAAAUGUUGGAAUUAGGAGUCAUGUAUAGCCAAGUUAGUAAAGCAGGAGGAUCUAGUUGUUGUUUCAAAUGGAAUGGAACGCUAAGCAUCCUAAAGGACAGCCUAAUGAAUCCAGGGUUGUUUUGUCAAAUGAACCUGGAGAUGAUCAACAGGCCUGAGUACCAUAACGGCCGAGGCUGUCUUUCCUUCUCCUCCAUCCUUCCUGAGUUAAGGUAGAGGUCUGAGUGACUUCACGGUAGAGUUGGGGCAUGACAUUUAAAACAUGCUAAACGGGGGAGAUUGACUUACAUGGGGGAUUGGUCCGAAAGUGCUAAUAUUAGCAGUUGGAUUUAAAAGGAGUAGACAGAGAGACAGGGGUUAGUCUAAACAGAGAUAACAAGGCUCAUUCCUCUCAGUCCCCAUCCAACCCUGCUUCCUGUUAUAAAGGCCUUCAAACAUCAGGGGACUUGGCCUCUCGUGUGGCAGCCCACCCACCCCAGACUAGCCAUACCCUGACUCCCACCCAGCCCCUCUGCCCGUAGCCCCAACCCAUCCACCCAGCCCCUCUGCCGGAGCCCCAACCCAUCCACCCUCCCCAGCCAUCCACCCCCAGCCCUCCGCCCUCUGUAAAACGGGGGACCAAAGACCUCUCCUCAAAUUUCUCUACUACAUGUUACCGUAAAUUGCUUAAUCGAAGGAAAGAAAAUUAGUGAUUCACCCAUAAAAAAGUUAUCAAACACCCACAUUACCCCGCCCCUAAUCCACCUCUGCCCUUAUAGGGGCUUGUAGGGGCUGCUGGACAAUGGCUGCUAUUGUCAAUGUAACAGAGAGGAAAUCCUGCUGGCUGUGAUCUUGUACUAAUCUGUGAAUGAUCUGGCUAAUCUGUGAAUGAAUAGUGUGUGGUGGAGAGGUUGUGUGUGUGUGUGUGUGUGUGUGUGGGGGGGGGGGGGUGGAUUAAGAGUGUGUGUGUGUUGGGUUAUUAUGAGUGUGUGAGUGUGUGGAUAAGAGUGUGUAUUUGUGUGUGAGAGAGAAUGAGAUUGAGAGAGAAAGGGAGAGCUUGAGAGCUGUGUUCAUUCACAAGAAAGCAGUCGAGAGAGGGAGAGGUGGGGGGUGAUUGAAGUUGGAGAGGUCAGGGGGGUCAGGGGAUAGUUCCGGGCCGUUCAGCUCCUGACGGGGGUUGGUACAGGAGGAAGGAAUGCUGAAGGUUGUCAGGCCAUCAUGACCUGGAUUCCUUUCCCACCAUGAUCACUUCAAACCCCCCAGAAGCGAGACGGGUGUCUGGGUUAAGACGGAUGGCAUGCAAGGGCCAUAAACUGACCCUACACAUCACAGCCCUCUCACCAUCAUCAUCAAAUGCGGCUCCACAACAUUUUAAGAUGGGCUUGAAAAAAAUUCUAUGAGCAUAGUAUAAUCUGGGAGGGAAACAGAUCAGUGGCACUUUCUGUGUCUCUGGAAGGUCUUGAUCAAGGCAUGAUUCUUCACAUUGAGCUCUUUAGUCUUAUACAUAUGGAACACCUAUGGUAUCAAAUUAGUGUCACACCUACCGCUGUUCAGGCAGUUUGACAAAGCACAUUGGUUGCCAAGAAGAUUGGUUGCCACGAAAUCAAAUCUUCCCUUUCCAGAGCCCCUGGACUAAGGGAGACAAUGGCAAGGAAAUGUAUUUCUCAAGGUGGACACAUACGUUCUUGAAACCAUUCUUUAUGUGCCUUUGGCCAGCUAUCCCAAAAAUGAACACCUCCCCCCUCCAUUUCCCAGCAUCCUUAGCAGUGGUCAGUCUGGGACUUGACCAGAUGGAGUUCUUUUGGAGAGUCUAUUGGCUGUUGUGUGUGUGGUGGUGGAGAGGAAGGGUAGGGGGUUGGAGCUUGGAAUGCUGUGACUACCUUGGGGGAGGGGUAACGCUGUCCACACACACAUUCUGAAGGGGGAGGAGUGUAGUAAGUAGUCAUUGAUGUUUUAACCGGGCUGUCAAUGGGACUGGAAUCUGGAUUGGCUGAGGGGGUUGGCCCCUGAGAGAGAGAGGGCCUGGAUGUUUCCAUUGAUGUAUUGAAACCUAUGCAGAAUGUUGAUGUAUGGAUGUAGGACCCAAUUAAGGAACAGCUCUUAGCUGUAAUCACCUCAGAAGACAACAUGUGAAGCGGACCAGCUAUAUGCACAAACAAUGGCAGAGUAAAAAUUACUUUUUGUGUCUGCUUCUUGACCAGGCUGGGAAUUGGGCUGGGGAAUGCAUUCACACCGGGUAGCCACAGGAUGGGCACCCUAUCUGGCCUCAGAACUGCUCUCCACAGUCCUUCACAGGCUUAGAACCGUUUUCAUAUCUUCUCAACAGUUUCCUGACCAAAGAACCUUUCUCCAACCCUGACCACUUAUUCCCUCACAGAGUAAGCUCCCGCUCUACCCUCACCUAGAACAGUUCUCAUGCCGUUCUUAAACAUUCCUCUGACCACACUGAUGAUCCCUCUCCCCUACACAAAGCAAACUGGACAUGGAGGUCUUCUGGCCUUGGAACAGUUUCCUAACCCUGAUCCCUAACCACCCAUUCCACCUCUCAACCUACACAGAGCAAGCUAUACAUGGAGGGCUUCCGUAGCCUGAAGGAGGGCGAGGAGGUGGAGUUUACCUUCAAGAAGUCGUCUAAAGGCCUAGAGUCUGUCACUGUGACGGGGCCAGGGGGAGCACAGUGUUUGGGCAGUGAGAAGAGACCUAAGGGGCAACAGAAACGACGCUCCAAGGGGGACAGGUGAGACAGUUCAAUUAACAUCUUUAAAUGGCGCAUAGCCUAACCAUACAUCUCCAGAUAUCCCCAUUCACUCAAAAUAAUUCCAUGAUUCGGAAACACUGUAACACUCUGCUUAUAGUAUUAAAUAUGAAGAUCGCUGCAAUAUUAACAACAACCUUAUCUGGCAAGGUUGUUUACAAAUAAUCUGAGGGUGUUGAAGUCACUGAAAAUAUCUGGUAUCAUCAUCAUGAAAGUUGGCAAGUUUACCGUUUUAGCCACAAUGGUCUGACAUCAAACAGACUUAUUUAUCCUCUUUGGGGGAAAUUCAGAACCGAGUUACACCCGUAUAAAUAUAACUUUAUUCCCUUUUUAUGCACUUUUCUCUCUACGCAUAUUCUGACAUUGAACUUAAGCAGUGUGGGUAUAUUUAUUAUAUCAUACUAUUGUAUACUAUUCUCCAUAAUAUAUAUAAUUAUAUUGUAGGCUAUACUACUUCCAAUGUUACCAUUAAUGAACUGAAUGUGGCAACUUUCAGAAUGAAUCAAACCAACUUUUUUAGGUUUGUGCGUAAAGUUUUCCAUGCAGUAGGAUUCAUGAUUAUUCUCUAAACAGAAAUCAUGUGUAAAAUCAGAGUGUUUUUAAAUCUACCCAUGGGUUCUGAAACUGAGACAUAUGCAUAUUUUCAUGGCUAUCUUUCUAUACUUUGAACGCAUUCUCCAUAGUCUACAUUCAAGUCUUACCUACAUAUGCUAAGUCUGAAUACCAACUACUGAGAAGCGCGUAGGGAAGGCGUGCGUAAGAAAGGUGUACAUUUCCUAGGUCUGAAUCGGCACCUAUGUGCCUAUUGAUUCUUAUGGCAUCAAACACCACAUAGAUGUGAGUGUAUCUAACACUCUCUGUCUCUCUCGCCGACUCACAAACAUAACAGUGGGAUGCAGAUGUAUAGAGGGAAUAGGGGAUGCAGAAAAGGGAAAAGGAUCCUAUCCAUUUAAUUGAUACCAGAUGUAAGUGCCCUGAGAGAGGUCAUAGGUCAUGGCUGCCAUGGAAACAGUGGGGUGUGUUGUGUAAAUGAGGUGGGGGGAAGGCAGAGCCAGAGAGAAAGAGGGGUCAGGGGUUAGAGCUCAGGGUGCAGUAUUUAAACAAAGAGCCCCCUCUGCUCUCCUCUCCCACCCUGGUGCCCACACUGAUCAAUAACCAACGGCCCCCUAGGAGAGGGUUUGUGUGUGUGUGUGUGUGUAGUAGGGGGUUGGGACUCAGAGGCAAAGGGCAAAGGGCAGAGGACAGAGGAAGAAGGGAAGUGGUAGUAAGCUUGGGGAGGUUCUGAUGCUCCAGUGCUUCAUCUGCAUUGGAGUUAAUGCAAUCACAAAAUUCCCCAUUGUCACUAUAGUCUCAACAUCUACUGAUUUAAGAUUGUGUGAAAUGUAUGUGUUAAGGCAUUGGUUUUAAUGCACUAUACACCUCCUAAAAUGAUCACACACAAGCAUGCACAUACACACGCACACACACAUACAAUCUUGCAGUAAAUAAGCUAUGCAUACAUAAGAGGCAAUCAUUAUAUUAAGGCUGAUACUUUUUCAAGAUUGACUUAAUCUUAUAAUAUACUGAACAAAAAUAUAAAUGCAACAUUAUUUCAUGAGCUGAAAUAAAAGAUCCCAGAAAUGUUCCAGAGGCACAAAAAGCUUAAUUCUCUCAAAUGUUUUUCACAAAUUUGUUUACAUCCCUGUUAGUGAACAUUUCUCCUUUGCCAAGAUAAUCCAUCCACCUGACAGGUGUGGCAUAUCAAGAAGCUGAUUAAACAACAUGAUCAUUACACAGGUGCACCUUGUGCUGGGGACAAUAAAAGGUAACUCUAAAAUGUGCAGUUUUGUCACAACACAAUGCCACAGAUGUCUCAAGUUUUGAGGGAGGAUGCAGUUGGCAUGCUGACUGCAGGAAUGUCCAACAGAGCUGUUGCCAGAUAAUUUAUUGUUCAUUUCUCUACCAUAAGGGGGGGGGGGGGGGUAUUUCUGUCUAUAAUAAAGCCCUUUUGUGGGGGAAAAAAUAUUUCAGAUUGGCUGGGCCUGGCUCCCCAGUGGGUGGACCUGGCUCACAAGUGGGUGGGGUGGGUCUUAUGCCCUCCCAGGCCCACCCAUUGCUGCGCCCCUGCCAAGUCAUGUGAAAUCCAUAGAUUAGGGCCUAAUUUAUUUAUUUCAAUUGACUGAUUUCCUUCUAUGAACUGUAACUCAGUAAAACCUUUGAAAUUGUUGCAUGUUGCGUUUAUAUUUUUGUUCAGUGUAGAUGAGAUCUGAGGAAAUUCAGGAAUCUGAAACUAUAUGUGGGAGAACACUGCUCUCUGGUGGAAGAAUGUGUUAACUGUCUGAAAUCAUUGUAUUAGUGUGUUCCCUUCUCCUAUUGUGUUCUAGAUGCUACAACUGUGGAGGACCUGACCACCAUGCCAAACAAUGCCAGCUACCUCCUCAGCCCAAGAAGUGCCAUUUCUGCCUGAGCAUUAGUCACAUGGUGGCCAACUGUCCAAUCAAAGCACAGCAGUCCUCCUCUGGCGCUCAGGGAACAGCAUCAUCACUGAGGGAAGAAGGAGCAGAGCCACGCCCCCUUUCCCCCCAGGGAGAACUCUGA